UGUUUUUGUUAUCAAUUUUUUUUUCGAAUUCGAAUUUCUCAAAAAUUGCAAAAACCUCUAAAAAUUCAACAAUGAGUGUAGUAGUUUUAUAAUUAUUGAUUAAUAUGGUUUUAAACGUUACCGCGGUCGAGAAACCAGUUCGCCGUUUUUUGAACACAAUUAGCGUAUUUUCCUUAUCAUAUUGCGGUGCUUACAUCUCACAAGUCGUUCUGAGAACGCGGUUUCCGCAGCCAAAAUUUCUCAUUUUGGUAACCUCAACUUGUUUUGCAACCGAAAAUGACUGAACUUGUCGAAGAUUUCUAUGGAGUAUAUUUACUGUACAAUUUGAGUGAAAAAUACAAGGGCAAAGUGUACAUUGGUUUCACGGUUGAUCCGAAUAGAAGAAUUAAUCAGCAUAACAAAGGCGUGAGAUAUGGUGGAGCUCGUAAAACUAGUUACAAAGGCCCAUGGGAAAUGGUGCUCAUAAUACACGGUUUCCCCAAUGAAAUUUCAGCUUUGAGAUUCGAGUGGGCAUGGCAAAAUCCAAUAAAAUCAAGACGGCUGAGGAAUAUAGCUCCGAAAAAAGCUCGCGAAAAAACGUACGACUAUACACUACGAGUUCUGUCAGAGAUGCUUCGCACAGGGCCUUGGAAACGAUUACCCCUCACUAUUCGUUGGCUGAAUGAAAAAUAUGCUCGAGAUUUUCCGGCUACUUUGGCACCUCCGUUUCAUAUGCCCAUCGUCUAUGGACCUGUAACUAGUAAAAAACUUCCACCAAAAACUAGGCUAGAAACCAUUCCUGAAAUAUUUACCAUCGAACAGUGCUUCAGAUGUCAUUCGAUUAUUGGAGAAGAUGAUCUAAUGAUGUGCGUUAAUCCGAAAUGUGAUAUAAAAUGUCACAUUGUAUGUUUCUCCGAAUAUUUUUUUUGUGAUUCAAACGACUUUGUUCCUAUUGAAGGAGACUGUCCCUCAUGCAAAGCGCAUUUACUUUGGGGGGAUUUAGUUCGUAAGAAAAAAGGCUGUUAUAAAGAUUUAGCGGAGAACGAUGAUUAUGAGGUUAAUUUUUAAAUUUUUUUAGCAAAAUUGUAAACCAACACAACGAAUAAAGUUUUAAAUGAUUUUAUUACAAA